AUGAUCGAGGGUCUUGCCAUCAUGUGGCUUUUCAGAAGAUGGACCGGUUGGGUUUUGAUAGUCCUUCUGGAAACAAUAACUAUUGCUGCUGAUACUACAACAACUUCAGCAACGACACAGGCAACAACAACAAUUGCUGGUGAUACAACUUCAGGUACGACACAAGAAACAACAACUCCUGCUGCCGAUGCAACAACGACCUCAACUGUGACACAGGCAACAACGACUCCCGCUGCUGAUACUACAACUACUUCAGCUGCGACACAGACAACAACUCCUGCUGCUGAUACUACAACAACUUCAGCUACGACACAGGCAACAACAACUUCUGCUGCUGAUACUACAACUACUUCAGCUGCGACACAGGCAACAACAACUUCUGCUGCUGAUACUACAACAACUUCAGCUGCGACACAAACAACAACAACUUCUGCUGCUGAUACUACAACAACUUCAGCUGCGACACAGGCAACAACAACUCCUGCUGCUGAUACUACAACUACUUCAGCUGCGACACAGACAACAACAACUUCUGCUGCUGAUACUACAACUACUUCAGCUGCGACACAGACAACAACAACUCCUGCUGCUGAUACUACAACAACUUCACCUACGACACAGGCAACAACAACUUCUGCUGCUGAUACUACAACUACUUCAGCUGCGACACAGACAACAACAACUCCUGCUGCUGAUACUACAACAACUUCACCUACGACACAGGCAAUAACAACUUCUGCUGCUGAUACUACAACUACUUCAGCUGCGACACAGACAACAACAACUUCUGCUGCUGAUACUACAACUACUUCAGCUGCGACACAGACAACAACAACUCCUGCUGCUGAUACUACAACUACUUCAUCUGCGACACAGACAACAACAACUUCUGCUGCUGAUACUACAACUACUUCAGCUGCGACACAGACAACAACAACUUCUGCUGCUGAUACUACAACUACUUCAGCUGCGACACAGACAACAACAACUCCUGCUGCUGAUACUACAACAACUUCAGCUACGACACAGGCAACAACAACUUCUGCUGCUGAUACUACAACUACUUCAGCUGCGACACAAACAACAACAACUUCUGCUGCUGAUACUACAACAACUUCAGCUGCGACACAGACAACAACAACUUCUGCUGCUGAUACUACAACAACUUCAGCUGCGACACAGGCAACAGCAACUCCUGCUGCUGAUACUACAACUACUUCAGCUGCGACACAGACAACAACAACUUCUGCUGCUGAUACUACAACAACUUCAGCUACGACACAGGCAACAACAACUCCUGCUGCUGAUACUACAACGACUUCAACCACGACACAGGCAACAAAAACUCCUGCUGCUGAUACUACAACGACUUCAACUACGACACAGACAACAGCAACUCCUGCUACCGAUGCAACAACGACUUCAUCUGUGACACAGGCAACAACGACUACUACUGCCGAUGCUAUAACAACUUCAACCACGACACAAGCAACAACAACUCCUGCUGCUGAUACUACAACAACUUCAGCUGCGACACAGACAACAACAACUUCUGCUGCUGAUACUACAACUACUUCAUCUGCGACACAGACAACAACAACUUCUGCUGCUGAUACUACAACUACUUCAGCUGCGACACAGACAACAACAACUUCUGCUGCUGAUACUACAACUACUUCAGCUGCGACACAGACAACAACAACUCCUGCUGCUGAUACUACAACUACUUCAGCUGCGACACAGACAACAACAACUCCUGCUGCUGAUACUACAACAACUUCACCUACGACACAGGCAACAGCAACUCCUGCUACCGAUGCAACAACGACUUCAUCUGUGACACAGGCAACAACGACUACUACUGCCGAUGCUAUAACAACUUCAACCACGACACAAGCAACAAAAACUCCUGCUGCUGAUACUACAACUACUUCAGCUGCGACACAGGUAACAACAGCUCCUGCUGCUGAUACUACAACUACUUCAGCUGCGACACAGACAACAACAACUCCUGCUGCUGAUACUACAACAACUUCACCUACGACACAGGCAACAGCAACUCCUGCUACCGAUGCAACAACGACUUCAUCUGUGACACAGGCAACAACGACUACUACUGCCGAUGCUAUAACAACUUCAACCACGACACAAGCAACAAAAACUCCUGCUGCUGAUACUACAACUACUUCAGCUGCGACACAGGUAACAACAGCUCCUGCUGCUGAUACUACAACUACUUCAGCUGCGACACAGACAACAACAACUCCUGCUGCUGAUACUACAACAACUUCAGCUGCGACACAGGCCACAACAACAAUUGCUGCUGAUACUACAGCACCAUCAACUUGGACGCAGGCAACAACAACAACAAUUGCUCAUGAUACUGCAACAACUUCAACUACGACACAGGCAACAACAAUUCCUGCUGAUGAUACUACAAUGAUUUCAGCUGCAAAACAGACAACAACAACUGAUGGUGAUACUACAUCAACUUCAGCUACGACUCAGACAACAACAACUAUUGCUCCUGACACUGCAACAACUUCAACUACAACAGAGUCUACAACAAUUUCGGAAGAGUUGGUUGAAUAUGGAUACAAUGAAGGGGACUGGGGCCUUACUGGUGACGACAGUUUAGCUUACCUGUAUACAAGCAUGGGAUUUCCCACACAUUCUACCCGAGAAUACAACCUCUAUAUCUCCACAAACGGCUAUAUUACAAUGGGAUCCUAUUACAAUAGCUUCUACGCCAGGAAAUUUCCUUACCGUGACUUAAAGAUCGUCGCCCCAUUUUGGACAGACUCCACCACGUAUUAUUACAACCGUUACUAUUACUAUUACUAUUACUAUUAUUACAAUUACUUCAACUCUCGGGUGUACUACCAGAUCUACACCAAUGGCAAAACACGAUACGGCAAAGACUCUUCAGUUCUGUUCGACAGAGUCAACCGGUUUAUAUCAAGCAAGAAGUAUGUAAGGCCCUUCAAAGCCCGCUGGAUUCUCAAAGUCACGUGGUACAACCUGUUGCAACCAUAUAGAUCAGAGACGAACACCUUUCAGUGCAUUCUAGCCACAGACUACCAGCGGUCGUUUGCUGUGAUUCUCUAUGGCAACGGAGGCAUGCUUUGGCCAAAAACCAGUUAUUCCUACACACCUGGAAUAGGGUUCCAGAUGAGCCGGACAAAAUAUUACAACUCACCGUACAGCAAACGUUUGGAAGCCAUGAGGAUAGACCAAAUUACAGGAAAUACAGGUACGGCAGGGAUGUGGGUGUUCCAGCUGGAUGACAACCGCAUAACUGUGCCACCCGCCCUGCAGUGUCUGAGUUGGUAUGAAGAUCAGACAUAUCAGUACUGGAACUUUUACUAUAUGCUAACCCUGGACCGGUUACUCUCCGACUGUCCAUGUAGUAUUUGGCAGGCUUUCUUCGACCCGCGCUUCACAUACGCAUGGUGGGAAUCCGGCUGGUGGGAAGGCAACUACUGCUUCUAUACAACACUGUCACCCUGGCGCUGGAGUGGAGCCAGGAAAUGCUGUUAUAAGCUGCGAAGGAUACGGUGGAGAGGAUGGUGGGGAUGGAGAUACACCUGGUCCUUGAACACCGAUGCGCUGACAGGCGGCGGCCUUGUCCGCUAUAAUCCCGUCUCCCCCCGCCAGUACCGUCGAUACCUUGAACAUGACAAGAUUCCCCACCAGAACUGCUGUCUUCUAUCCGGGUUCUGUUCCUACUACAGACAGUACCGCUGGCUCAGCUCAUGCUCUCGCUACCGUCCUGUGCGCAGAGCACUUUUCUGGGGUGAUCCGCAUAUCACAACCUUGGAUGGAAAAGGCUACACGUUUAAUGGCUGGGGUGAGUACAUCCUGCUGGAGGUGAGAAACGCUACAUCCGGGGACCUACAACUGACGAUCCAGGGUCGAACGGAACGGGCCCAGAACGAGGCUGGGGAAUUUACAGACGCUACCAUCUUCUCAGCCUUUGCCGCCAAGGACUUCCAAACAGACGCCUCCAUGAACGCUCAGCUGAACGGAAACAAAACAAAUCUUAACGUGUACUGCAACAGAGUGGACUACACAACACGUUUCCAGAAUAGCUCAGCAAACUUCAACGUUCAAGAAGACAACCUUGGCUGCAACCGUCCUGCGAAUAAAACACUGAGGGUAACUUUUCUUUCUGGCAUUAGUCUAAACGUGUCCGUUGGCGUAGAGUUACUGGAAAUCUCAGUUACGGUCCCUGAAGAUAUAGCAGCAACCGUUUCCACUAGGGGGCUGCUGGGCGUCUUUAACAACAACCAGUCAGAUGAUUUCACUACGCCUGAUGGUACAAUCGUCUCCAUCAACUCCACAGAAGAGGAAUUAUUUCAUGACUUUGGACAAACAUGGCUUGUCAAAGACGCGGACUCCGUUUUCAACUACCGGCCCGGGGAUAAUGCCAGCAAUCAUCGCCAUAAGGAUUUUACUCCAAAAUUUCUUUCACAAUACACGAAAGACCAAGUAAACGAAGCGAAAGAGGUUUGCCAGGAUAAUAGAUGUAUAUUUGACUAUCUCUCUACCAACAGAUCUGACGUGGCCAUGAGCACACUCAAUACCGUCAACUCAACAGCCGCAGAGAAGUGCUGUUCUUACUUGUCGGGCACUGACGACAGUGGCGGGGAGGCUCCAACCCAGUCCACCCAGGUGUUGUUGUGCAGCGGAUUACGACGCUGGUGGAGACGAGCCAUGCCCGGCGGGGACAAACUGCGCAGACCUGAGCCAGCGGAAGAGCAGGCGAUGAACGGCACCGCCUUUAACUGCAGUGACUGUCCGGCAGGACUAAAGAAGGACCAAAGCAAAUGUAUAGACAUAGACGAGUGUAACGCCACGGAGCCGGUGUGUCACCAGUUGUGUUUUAACACAGAAGGCAGUUUUACCUGUGCUUGUAUGAACGGCUAUUCUCAGGAUGGGAAGACGUGCUUGGACAACAAUGAAUGUGAGCUGGGAACGCAUGAUUGCGAUCACAUCUGUACCAACACUGAUGGCGGCUACAAUUGCUCGUGUGAGGAUGGCUUUCUCGCCGAGGAUGAGGGCAGGAAUUGUACAAGAGAUCCAAAUAAUGAUCCCUGUCUAGGAUCGGACCUGGAUUGUGAACACGGAUGUAAACAGGGUGCUGGUGGCCCGGAGUGCUUCUGUCAGAGUGGUUACGCCCUGAGUGACAAGACACGCUGCACCGAUAUAGAUGAAUGUUCCGGCGAUCUCUGUGAGCAACAGUGUACGAAUACUGAAGGAGGAUUUAUGUGUCACUGUUAUUCCGGAUUUCUGCUCCAUUCUGAUAAACUGUCCUGUCGCGAAUGUGACGGUCUCUACUGGGGUGAGGAUUGUGGAACGCUUUGCAAUUGCUCUGAAAACUCCUUGGAGUGCCACAACACCAGGGGCUGUGUUUGCAGACCCGGCUGGCAAGGCGACAGUUGUGACACAGAUAUUGACGAGUGUGCAGAAACUGUGGAAUGCGAUGUGCUACAAACCUGUGUCAACUCUCCUGGAAGCUACAAGUGUGUCUGCAGCGACGGAUACGACGACGUGGAGGGACAGUGUACAGACAUUGACGAAUGCAGCGAUGAGUUACGACACACCUGUGACUACGAGUGUGUGAAUGGUCAGGGCGGAUAUGAGUGCAAUUGUGCCGCUGGGUAUAUCGGACAAGGCAACAACUGUACUGAUUUAGACGAGUGCACAGAAAUCGUCCCGGACUGCGAACACAAAUGUGUAAACACAGAGGGCAGUUACUUUUGUGACUGCUUCCGGGGUUACGAGUUGGCGGAUGACCGGAAAUCGUGUAAAGACAUUGACAAGUUAUGCGACAAUAGCGCCAUAAUUUGCGACCAAAUCUGCACAAUCAACGACACGAGUCUUGAAGUAAUCUGCCUUUGUAGACCUGGAUACCGACCAAUCAAUGAAACCCACUGUGAGGACAUCGAUGAGUGUAGACCUAUGCUUGGUGUGUGUUCACACAAAUGUGAAAAUACAGACGGAGGAUAUAGAUGCUUGUGUGACCUUGGCUAUCAACUCACCAACGAUGGCAAGACUUGCGAAGUUUGUGAUAGGUUCCACUGGGGAGAGGACUGUGGCAAGGCGUGUGACUGUGGCCCUGGAGGAGUGUGUAACCACACCCAGGGUUGUGUGUGUCGCCAGGGGUGGACUGGUCAACGCUGUAUGACGGACGUUCUCGAGUGUCAGAACAGCGACGCAUGUGAAGAGGGUAUGCGGUGCGUGGAAAGACUGGGGUCUUACCGAUGUGACUGCCAAAGCGGCUACACGUUGAAUAAUGGGACAUGUCAAGAUAUUGACGAAUGUCACGAGAAGAUGCAUAACUGUGCCCAGAUAUGCAGAAACACGAUUGGUUCGUACAGUUGCCUCUGUCAGCCAGGCUACAGGAGCACACAAGGGGAAGGCACUGUGUGUCAGGACAUUGACGAAUGUUCAGUCGGCCACCUGUGCGAGGCGAACUGUAAGAAUACGGGGGGCAGUUACGUCUGCUCAUGUCAUCAGGACUUUACUCUCUCUGACGACAAACUCACCUGUAACAGAGCACUACAAUAUCCAUUAUGUGGAACCCGUCAGCUCAGUUGCGUUUACGGAUGCGACUUCAGUAGUGACAGUUGUUUUUGUCCACGUGAUCAUGUACUUGAGGACGACGGCGUUUCAUGUAAAGAGCUUAGAUAUCGAGUGAAAGCCAAAAUAACGCUGCAGUUAACAUACAGCAGUUCGCUAAAUCUGAGGUACUCGGAGGAGUACAAGACCACAGCGCACGAGAUUCAGGAAGCUUUGUGGGCCUUUUAUAAGGACAUUCCAGACGUCUCGACAGUACUUGUCCGAGAACUACGGAAUGGAUCAGUAUCAGCUGUCCAUGAAGUUGUGUUCUCAGUGACUGUAAGUCUGUCGCAGACCCAGAGUGUGAUGGUCUCUCUAAAAGGUGCCUACACCUCUGGGUACCUGACCGUCGUAGGUGUCCCAGUCCUGAUUACCAGCACACCUGUACUCAUCACCAGAACCAACAGAGAAUUUGAGGUGACUCAACCCUUGACAUGUGAAGCCGAACCUUGUGGCUACGACGAAGUUUGUUUUAAUCGUAACGGAGAGGCCGAGUGCUUCCGGGAAGGAACAGUCUUUGCUGGAACUCCCUCAGAUGAAAAGCCAAUUUCAGAUGCCUUGGGCCUCGGACUAGGCCUGGGUAUCCCCUUGGGGAUUAUCGUGGUGAUCUUGGUUAUUGUGCUAGUGAAAAGGCCCUGGGUUAACAAAAAAUCCCGUUCCGGAAGGGUCACCCCUAUUUCCAUCAGCCAGGCCAGCGAACGCCUUGACAACGUCGGAGGCCCUUCGACAAACGCGAGGUGGGUUGGAGGUCAAAGACCACAGGUACAGCAAGGCCUGGACUUCUGAGCCCUGGGUGUUUCUUUUUAUUUUAGAUGGAUUUAUUCAGUAAUUCUACAGUUGUGUGUCAAAAAGAGUUUAUUUUUUAUGAAACAAAAACAUAUUAGUUUGCCAAAGUCAUCCUAACCAAACCGAUAUAAUUAUAGUAACGCCUUUUUGUUUUCCAUUGGCACAUUAUACACUUUACAGCAAAUUGCACAGUUGCUUAUUUUAUUGUAUUGCUUGUAUAUAGCACGGGUUUUACACCCUUCAGACGUCCAUCAUGACGUCUCUAAAUUCUGCAAUUAGUAUUUAAGGUGCAUUUCAAUGCUUUAACCAUCCUGCCAAUUUCAAAUUGUUAUUUAUUACUCCAUUGCAAUGAUUGCAACUACUGUCUAUUAAUCAGCUAUAUUUUAAGGAGACUGCUUUUAAAUUACGGCACAUUCUGGUGCUAGCCUAAAUAUUGUGCAUUAAAUCCAUUAAGGUAACUUGUCAUCUAUGUGUAUCUUGCCAUGUGUGAUAAAAAAAACAAUACACCAUAUAAUAUAUAUAACGCCUUUUUGUUUUCAAUUAGAACAUUAAAAAAUAUACCAGU